UAUCCUAAUGGAUUUUGUAGCAUUAUAAUUACUAGUUUUUCCUUUAAACAAAGAUGACUUAAGAGUAGAAGACCAAGCAUUCUAUUAUCACCCCAGAACAUAGGUAGUCAUCUAUCUCAACUAGGUAAGACAGCUCAAAUCUAAGACGACAUGACAAAAAAAGAGUUCGGAGUGUCUUACCGUCUGCACCUGAACUAUUUAGUCAAUGGUUUAAAAUGACAUAACAAAACAUGCCUUCAGCAAGAGAGCAAUCAUGAUGAAGAAGUCUCUGACUCAUCCUCCAAGCUCGGGGAAAGAUUUCGACGAGAAUGAUCAAGUUCACGAGCAAAGAAUAGUCCUGCCCUCCAAGUUCAUCACCAAUAUCAAUGAUAGCUUGGAAAGGAAGGAACCCUCCUGGUUUAUCACUUCUCAGAUCCCAACAGACUUCUCCAUUCAAGUUGAAGAAACCACCUUUAAUGCUCAUAAGUAUCCAUUGGUAGCAAAAUGUGGCUACUUCAGUCGAGAAGAUAUUCAACAGCACCCAAACUCAAGUUUCAACUGCAAAGUCAAACUAGAAAAUUUCCCAGGUGGAUCAGAGACCUUUGAAACAAUUCUGAAGUUCUGUUAUGGUUUCCCAAUAGAUUUUAGCUCUAAGAACAUAGCUCCACUAAGAUGUGCCGCAGAGUACCUAGACAUGACUGAGGAACUUGAUGAUGGAAAUCUAGUUACCAAGACUGAAGCAUUCCUCACAUUUGUGGUCCUUUCUUCAUGGAAAGAUACCAUUACUGUAAUAAAAUCUUGUGAAGAUCUAUCUCCAUGGGUUGAGAAUCUCCAAAUUGUUAGAAGAUGCUGUGAUUCAAUUGCUUGGAAGGCAUCAAGAGAAAACACAACGGCAAAUUCAAGUAACAUAGAAGGCUGGUGGUUUGAUGAGAUUGCUAUCCUAAGAAUCGAUCAUUUUAUGAGGAUUAUGACGACAAUCAAGGCAAAAGGUUCAAGCCCUGAGAUCAUAGGCAAGUGUAUCAUGCACUAUUCACGUCGAUGGUUGCCAGGAAUGGAUGAGGAAUUAGAAGGACUAAGAGGAUAUGGGCAUGGAAAGAGUGAUCUGCAGUUCAGUAUUUUGAGCCGGAGUAAAGAAGAAGGGGAAGAGGAAGAGGGUAUUGCACAUGGCAAGAAGCAAAAAAUGAUUAUUGAAAACCUAGUUAGCUUACUUCCACCUCAACAUGAAGCUGUUUCCUGUAAGUUCUUGCUGCAGAUGUUAAAGAUGGCCAAUGUGUACUCUGUAACACCAGCUUUAAUUUCUGAGCUUGAAAAAAGAGUGGGGAUGCUGUUGGAAGACGCCAACGCAAACGAUCUUCUUAUUCCUAGAUACAAAAAUGCAGAUCAGACAUCAGUAAUGAAUUCUUCUCAAGAGCACACUAUGUAUGACACUGAUCUGGUACAACGAGUUGUGGAAUAUUUCUUGAUGCAAGAACAGACACAGUUAAACCUACAUCUACAGAGGACAGAGAAUAUCAAUGUAAGUAAGUUGUUGGACAACUACCUAGCAGAGAUUGCCCGAGACCCAAAUCUCUCAAUAACCAAGUUUCAAGUUCUAGCCGAACUACUUCCAGAAAACGCGCGAGCAUGUCAUGAUGGCCUUUAUAGAGCCAUUGACAUCUACCUCAAGACUCACCCUUUACUACCUGAGCAUGACAGAAGAAGGCUAUGCAAAAUAAUGAACUGCAACAAACUGUCACUUGAUGCAUGCACCCACGCAGCACAAAAUGACCGCUUGCCUCUCAGAACCAUUGUCCAGGUUCUUUUCUCUGAACAAGUAAAAAUGAGGACAACAAUACAAGAAAAAGAUCCAGCACCAAGUGACAAUAUCUCUGAACAAGAUGGAAACCAGCCCACAACAGACAUGGAAAUCAAGACCCUUAAAGUAGAGCUUGAGAAUAUAAAAAGGAAGAUGUCAGAGCUGCAGAGUGACUACUCUGAGCUGCAACAAGAGUAUGAUAAGGUAGGCAACAAGCCAAUACAUGCACCUCGUUGGAGCUUUGGUUGGCGAAAGAUCAAGAAUUCUUUUCAUACAAAAAUUGAAGGCGACGAGAGUGGAGAUGAGCCGGAGGAAGGAAAACAAAGAACUAAUUCAAUGCGCUACAAAAUCAGCUCUAAGCGUAGAUCAUCCAUUGCAUAAAUUAUCUGAACAUCAAAUAUCUUUGCAGUACAAAGGCCAGUCUUCAAGAUAAACGUUCAUAUAUUGUGUUUACUUAUUUGGUUAGUUUGAUCAAACCAAUUUUCAAAUUUUUUUGUUGUUUGAGUAUAAGCUGAUAUGGAAUUCGCCUUGACUGAAUGUAGUAUUUCAAUGGAAGCACAAUGUAUGAUAUCAACAUAUUACAAUUA